AAAAAAUUGAUGAAGCCCUGACCCUUUAGAUUCCAUUUAUAGUCUGAGCCGGAAUGCCAUCCCCCUUGACUAGCAAACUGUCCAAUCCAGCUGCAAGUGUCAACAUUCUGUUAGGCACUAAGUGAAAUAUAUAUGCAUGCCCUUAUACCAUUUAACACUCUGGGUCCACCUUCAAGACACUGGGCUGCGGAUCAACCAAACCACCACUCCUCUUCCAAGAAUCAUUUUGACAGGUUCUCUUGGAGGUGCUCCUUCUCUCUUUUUUUUUUAACACACCCUUUUAAACAAAAUGGCACCAAAGAAGGACGUGAAGAAACCUGCCGCUGCUGCCCCAGCCCCUGCCCCUGCCCCUGCCCCUGCCCCGGCACCUGCACCUGCACCUGCACCUGCCCCACGCAAAGAAGAAAAGAUUGACCUCUCUGCCAUUAAGAUCGAGUUCUCUAAGGCACAGCAGGAUGAAUUCAAGGAGGCAUUUCUCCUGUUUGACAGAACAGGUGAAUGCAAGAUCACCUUAAACCAGGUUGGUGAUGUCCUCCGGGCUCUGGGCACAAAUCCCACCAAUGCAGAGGUCAAGAAGGUUCUGGGGAACCCCAGCAAUGAAGAGAUGAAUGCCAAGAAAAUUGAGUUUGAACAAUUUCUGCCCAUGCUGCAAGCUAUUUCCAACAACAAGGACCAGGGCACCUAUGAAGACUUUGUUGAGGGUCUGCGUGUCUUUGACAAGGAAGGCAACGGCACAGUCAUGGGUGCUGAACUUCGCCAUGUUCUAGCCACACUGGGUGAAAAGAUGAAAGAAGAAGAAGUAGACGCCCUGCUGGCAGGUCAAGAAGACUCUAAUGGCUGCAUCAACUAUGAAGCUUUUGUCAAGCACAUCAUGUCUAUCUAAAUGGAGCUCCAAGAUCAAGCAUUGUUUAUGAAGACUGGCUGGAACCUUAUUUUAAUAACACCCAUGACUAAGUGUCCAAAUUCAUUUACCAUCACUCAGAAAAGCAAAGCAGUUUGGACCAUUCUAGACUGAAGGACCCCCUGAAUUUUUAUACACCUUACGUUUCUCUCUGAAUUAUAUCCACACCACACAAACUGUCUGCUGCUCUAGACAAGAAGGAUAAAAUACUGACAGUCUCAAAGCCAAGCACCCCUCUUUAUUUUCUACCAUGGGUCAAUGAACAUCCUUAAAAUAAUAAGUCAAUAAAUAAUUCUGGUCAGUCUGGAA